AUGCCUUUCCAUUUGACAGACUGUACCUUUGUUUUAGUCUCGAGACCACCAAUUUGGCCCCAUUGGACAGUGUGAUCUUUUUGACAAGAGCACGUGUCAAUCUCAAUUGGCAAGGAAGAGACUUUCACUGGUGACCCGCCCUGACUUCUGAUGCUCACCCAGGUUGAUGAUAUCGUGUUACCAGGCGUCUGAUGCAAUGGAACCCAGCUCCUUUCCAAGGAAAAGACAUCCAGUGCUUUAAAAACCAGACACACUGCCUCUGUCACUCAGACUCUGUCUAGUUAUCCACACACAACUCUGGACUAUUGCUAGCUAACUAAACAGAUAGGCCAGUCUGCGGCCCACUGUGUGUGUACCUGUUCAGGUCUAUACUGUUUUUAUAUGUGAAGUGGGGAAGGAGUCUAACUAUUUGAUUCACCAAGUUCAGUGCAGUUAGAUGGUAAAUCAUCCUGUUGGGCUGCAUUUCACCUAAGAGACAAAGUCUCAACCAACAACAGACUCCUAACUGCUACUGCAGUGCGAUUCAAAGAAUAGUUUGCCCAUGUUCAUGGUGUGCAAAGGACUUUGGGUUUCUCAUUAGUUUCUUCAGCUUUACCAAGAGUGGUGUUGUCUGUGGACAGGAAGGACAGCAAAAUAUAAACAUAGCAGUUUUUUCAUAUGAUACACAGCUGCAUUACACAUCCCAAAAUUGCUUCUCUGCAGAAUGUCAAACAAAGAUCGGCACAUUGAUUCCAGCUGUUCGUCCUUCAUCAAGACGGAACCCUCCAGCCCGGCCUCCCUGACGGACAGCGUCAACCACCACAGCCCCGGUGGCUCUUCAGACGCCAGCGGGAGCUACAGUUCAACCAUGAAUGGCCAUCAGAACGGACUUGACUCGCCACCUCUCUACCCUUCUGCUCCUAUCCUUGGAGGGAGCGGGCCUGUCCGGAAACUGUAUGACGACUGCUCCAGCACCAUUGUGGAAGAUCCUCAGACCAAGUGUGAAUAUAUGCUCAACUCAAUGCCCAAGAGACUGUGUUUGGUGUGCGGUGACAUCGCCUCUGGGUACCACUAUGGGGUAGCGUCAUGUGAAGCCUGCAAGGCAUUCUUCAAGAGGACGAUUCAAGGUAACAUAGAAUACAGCUGCCCUGCCACGAACGAGUGUGAAAUCACGAAGCGCAGACGUAAAUCCUGCCAGGCUUGCCGCUUCAUGAAGUGUUUAAAAGUGGGCAUGCUGAAAGAAGGGGUGCGUCUUGACAGAGUACGCGGAGGUCGGCAGAAGUACAAGCGCAGAAUAGAUGCGGAGAACAGCCCGUACCUGAACCCUCAGCUGGUUCAGCCAGCCAAAAAGCCGUUGCUCUGGUCUGAUCCUGCAGAUAACAAGAUUGUCUCACAUUUGUUGGUGGCUGAACCGGAGAAGAUCUAUGCCAUGCCUGACCCUACUGUCCCCGACAGUGACAUCAAAGCCCUUACUACACUGUGUGACUUGGCCGACCGAGAGUUGGUGGUUAUCAUUGGAUGGGCGAAGCAUAUUCCAGGCUUCUCCACGCUGUCCCUGGCGGACCAGAUGAGCCUUCUGCAGAGUGCUUGGAUGGAAAUUUUGAUCCUUGGUGUCGUAUACCGAUCCCUUUCAUUUGAGGAUGAACUUGUCUAUGCAGACGAUUAUAUAAUGGAUGAAGACCAGUCCAAAUUAGCAGGCCUUCUUGACCUAAAUAAUGCUAUCCUGCAGCUGGUAAAGAAAUACAAGAGUAUGAAGCUGGAGAAAGAAGAAUUUGUCACCCUCAAAGCGAUAGCUCUUGCUAAUUCAGACUCCAUGCACAUAGAAGAUGUUGACGCUGUGCAGAAGCUUCAGGAUGUCUUACAUGAGGCCCUGCAGGAUUAUGAAGCCGGCCAGCACAUGGAGGAUCCUCGCAGGGCCGGCAAGAUGCUUAUGACGCUGCCGCUGCUGAGGCAGACCUCCACCAAGGCUGUGCAGCACUUCUACAACAUCAAACUCGAAGGCAAAGUCCCCAUGCACAAACUUUUUUUGGAAAUGCUGGAGGCCAAGGUCUGACUAACAGCUUCCCGAGCCUUCCUAUCCUGCACGCUGAAAAAAAAGGGAAAAUAAACCCCAGAGUGAUGUCGAAGAAACUUAAAAGAGUUUAGUUAACAACAUCAAAAAUCAACAGACUGCACUGAAAAUUUAGCAGCAAGACUACGAAGCAGCUUUCAGAUUCCCCCAAAUCCUCCUGAUGAGUUUCUCUGUACCUUAUCUCAUCAUCUUCUCUCCAUUUCUUUUCUCAUUUCUUCUCCUCCUCACGUUUCUCUCCCACCUUUGUUCCUCUUUAACCCCAUUUCUUGGCUUCCUUCAUCACCGGUUCCCUCUCUCCCUUCUCCCUUCCUUCCUUCUGCUGCCGAACUUUUAAAAGAGGUCUCUAAUUGAAGAGAGGUGGAAGCCAGCCCUGCCAAAGGACGGAGAUCCAUAAUAUGGAUACCAGUGAACUUACCGUGACCCGUGACGUCCCCACUGACUAAGGAAUCAAAGAGAGAACCGACGUACCUAAAAGUACAGUGCAACACAAACGAAUUGACCGAGUGCAGUAUUAGAUUUCACGGGAGCAGCCUCUAAUUAGACAACCUGAGCAACAUGGCAUCGGCUGCUUCUCAUCCUUGCUUUUCCAUCUAGAUCAGUUACAGCCAUUUGAUUCCUUAAUUGUUUUUUCAAGUCUUCCAGGUGUUUGUUAGUUUAGCUACUAUGUAACUUUUUCAGGGAAUAGUUUAAGCUUUAUUCAUUCAUGCAAUACUAAAGAGAAAUAAGAAUACUGCGAUUUCGUGCUGGCUUUGAACACUUAACGAACACUAAUGAAGGACAGAUGAAUCCUGAAGGAAGAUUUUUAAAAAUGUUUUGUUUCUUCUUACAAAUGGAGAUUUUUUUGUACCAGCUUUACCACUUUUCAGCCAUUUAUUAAUAUGGGAAUUUAACUUACUCAAGCAAUAGUUGAAGGGAAGGUGCAUAUUAUCACGGAUGCAAUCUAUGUUGUGUGCCAGUCUGGUCCCAAACAUCAAUUUCUUAACACGAGCUCCAGUUUACCUAAAUGUUCACUGACACAAAGGAUUAGAUUACACCUGCAGUGACUCCGAGUAGUCACGUGUAUAAGCACUGCACGUGGAAUACAGAUCCGUAGAAUUAUCAGGAGUGCACUCUCUACCUGGAGGUACAGUUGCCAUAUGAUUUCUAGCUGCCACGGUGGUUAGGAAGGAGGUCUUGCCUGUUUGCAAUGUUACAGACCUUAUCUCAGAAGGAGCUGUGAGCCAGUAUUCCUAUAAGAGGCAAUAAGGCAAACGCCAGAAUUUGAGGGGAAAAAAAAAAAAAUCAUCACAGACAGCAGACCAAAUUCUAAAACCUAGUCAAUAUGAGUUUAUUCACUUAGGAAUGUUUUGAAUCUGCAGUUUUUACCAAGAGCUAAGCCAAUCUAUUGUGCUUUUCAACCAGUACUGCCACAGCGAGAAAGCUAGUCAGGUUCCAGACCUGUUUAGAGGUGUAAUCUAAUGAAGAAAUCAAUUAGAUGCCCCCAAAAUCUACAGUCGCUGAAUAACCAAUAAACAGUAACCUUCAUCCAAUGCUAUACCAAUGGACCAGUGUUAGUAGCUGCUCCCUGUACUAUGUGAACAGUCUUAUUCUAUGUACACAGAUGUAAUUAAAAUUGUAAUCCUAACAAACAAAAGAGAUGUAGUUCAGCUUUUCAAUGUUUCACGUUUGCUGUGCUUCUUUGAAUUUUAUGUUGCAAAGACUGUUGUCUUGUUCUUCUCGUGGUGUUUGGAUUCUUGUGGUGUGUGCUUUUAGACACAGGGUAGACUUAGAGACAAUAUUGGAUGUACAAUUCCUCAGGAGACUACAGUAGUAUAUUCUAUUCCUUACCAGUAAUAAGGUUCUUCCUAAUAAUAAUCAAGAGAUUGAAACUCCAAACAAGUACUCAUUAUGAACAGAUACACAUCAGAAUCAUAAUAAUAUUUUCAAAACAAGGAAUAAUUUCUCUAAUGGUUUAUUAUAGAAUACCAAUGUAUAGCUUAGAAAUAAAACUUUGAAUAUUUCAAGAAUAUAGAUAAGUCUAAUUUUUAAAUGCUGUAUAUAUAUGGCUUUCACUCAGUCAUCUCUCAGAUGUUGUGACUAACUAGCUCUGUGUUGUUGCAAAACUUUUUGGUGCGAACACGUUUCCAAAACUAUUGCUACUCUGUGUGCUUUAAACAAAAUACCUUGGGUUGAUGUUUCAUCAACCUAGUGCUAGGAAUACUGUGUAUCUAUCAUUAGCUAUAUGGGACUAUAUUGUAGAUUGUGGUUUCUCAGUAGAGAAGUGACUGUAGUGUGAUUCUAGAUAAAUCAUCAUUAGCAAUUCAUUCAGAUGGUCAAUAACUUGAAAUUUAUAGCUGUGAUAGGAGUUCAGAAAUUGGCACAUCCCUUUAAAAAUAACAACAGAAAAUACAACUCCUGGGAGAAAAAAAAAGGUGCUGAUUCUAUAAGAUUAUUUAUAUAUGUAAGUAUUUAAAAAGAUUAUUUUCCAGAAAGUUUGUGCAGGGUUUAAGUUGCUACUAUUCAACCACACUAUAUAUAAAUAAAAUAUAUACAAUAUAUACAUUGUUUUCACUAUCACAUUCAAGUACUUGGGCCUCAGAAGUAAGAGCCAACCAACUGAAAACAUGAGGUGGAGAUACGUGCAAAGAACGGAGUACAAAUUCUAGUUCUCAGUUUAAGUGACUCUUGGCAUUAAGAAGAACAAGUAUCUCACAAAUAGGAAACACCACUAAAAUGUAGAUCUCAAAGAACUGCACGGGCUUUAGGGUAAAUGCUCAUCUUAAACCUCACUUGAGGUAAGGUUUUUCAAGUUUCAAGCAAGACCACUUACUUAAUGUGAAGUUUGGGGAAGUUACAAAGGUGUACGUUUUAGCCAUAUGAUUUAAAAUUUUAUUUUGCUUCUUUUAGGUUUGUUCUUAUUUAAAAGCAAUAUGAUUGUGUGACUACCUGUAGUUACACUUGUGUUUUGAUCAGAUCAGAUGGUUGUAUUUAUUCCGCUAUUUUGCAUUUAAAUGAUAACAUAAAAGAUAUAAAAAAUUUAAAACUGCUAUUUUUCUUAUAGAAGAGAAAAUGGGUGUUGGUGAUUGUAUUUUAAUUAUUUAAGCGUCUCUGUUUACCUGCCUAGGAAAACAUUUUAUGGCAGUCUUAUGUGCAAAGAUCGUAAAAGGACAAAAAAUUUAAACUGCUUAUAAUAAUCCAGGAGUUGCAUUAUAGCCAGUAGUAAAAAGAAUAAUAAUAAUAAUAAUAAUAAUAAAACCAUGUCUAUAGCUGUAGAUGGGCUUCACAUCUGUAAAGCAAUCAAUUGUAUAUUUUUGUGAUGUGUAUGUACCAUACUCUGUGCUCCAGCAAAUGUCCAUUUGUGUAAAUGUAUUUAUUUUAUAUUGUAUAUAUUGUUAAAUGCAAAAAGGAGAUAUGAUUCUGUAACUCCAAUCAGUUCAGAUGUGUAACUCAAAUUAUCAUGCCUUUCAGGAUGACGGUAGAGCAAUAUUAAACAAGCUUACACUUUU